UGGCUGCUAUUUGGUUCUUUCUUCUUCCUCUUCACUGCUCCAUAACCCUCAUUAAAUUCCAACAAGGAAAACUUCCGAUCCCAUCUCCGGCGACAUGUUUCCGGCCGUUUUGACUCAGGUGGCCACCGGCUUAAGCGUUUUAGCUGGUGCCGUCUUAGUCAAAUCCGUCAUGGAUCAAAAACCCAUGGCCGGUCCGUUUCAAAGAUGCCCGACUUGUAACGGCACGGGUCGCAUCACGUGCAUUUGCACUCGUUGGUCCGAUGGAGAUAUCGGUUGUCGGACUUGCGCCGGGUCCGGUCGAAUGGCGUGUAGCAGUUGUGGUGGGUCUGGUACCGGUAGACCGAUUCCGGUUCAGAUUUCUGUACGUCAACCGACGAAUCGGAACUCUUAAUUUACCGGGUUUGGACUCUUUAAACUCUUAUAUAUUUUUUGAAAUUUAAUUAAUGUAAUAUAAUAGUGAGAGUAAAAUUAAUAGUUGCUGAAUUGUAAUCUUUACAACGAAACUGUUUUAGAUUCUUAUAGCUUAAUUGUUGUUUAGUUUUUGUUAAGAAUUUGAAGAAAUUGUUGUAAAAGAUUAACAAUUCAUGGGUAAAAAUUUGCAUGAAAUAUAUAUUAAAUUCCAAGUCA